CAAGUGUCAUGGCGUACCUACCAUUCGCAAAGGACGCCGGGAACCAGCGAAAGGCAGUCUUUACAUCCGUUUUUGUCUUCAGUAUGUUUGUUGGCGUUACCGUUUACAGAGCAGUGUAGCCAAUGUACCAUGUAAUGGGAUCUAUCAUAGUUUGGCUACAAGCAACAUGGACAUAAAAGAUGAAGUAACGCCAAUUAUGAAAAGUAACUCAGAUCACGAGAGCGAGGAACUCGACGGCGUUCCGAAAGUUCCUGGCUGUCUGUCAUGUCGUCAAGUUUUAGCAUUACUGGGAUUCCUGGGAUUUUUAAAUGUUUACUGUUUAAGGGUCAAUUUGAGUGUAGCUUUGGUUGCCAUGGUGAACAAUACUGCAACUCAUCCACAUAUAUCAAAUGAGUGUCCAGUAUCUAACACUACAAAACAUGACAAGGUAGGAGAGUUCCAGUGGGACCAGAGAAUGCAGGGGAUAAUUCUUGGUUCAUUUUUCUACGGCUAUAUCUUAACACAAGUGCCAGGUGGAUAUCUUGGAUUACGUUACUCUGGCAAAAAAAUGUUUGGUUUCGGCGUUUUGUGUACGUCUGUGUUAACGUUGGUCACGCCAAUUGCAGCAAAAACAAGUGUAUGGCUAUUGAUAGCGGUAAGAGUCCUUGAAGGCAUUGGUGAGGGUGUGACUUUUCCUGCCAUGCACGCACUCUGGGGUAAAUGGGCGCCGCCGCUUGAAAGAAGUCGAUUGGCUGCAUUCACUUAUGCAGGCGCUCAGUUAGGCACUGUGGUAUCAUUACCCAUCUCAGGUCUUCUAUGUGAUUCAGAUUUUCUAGGUGGCUGGCCUUCAGUGUUUUAUGUGUUUGGGUUAUUUGGUUGUUUGUGGUUUGUACUAUGGAUGGCACUUGUGUAUGAAACUCCGUCUGAUCAUCCCAGAAUAUCCACUGAGGAAAGAAAUUACAUUAAAAGAUCAAUAGGAAAUGAAAAAUUAAUGAAAGACGUACCAUGGUGUUCAAUUAUGACGUCUACACCUGUGCUGGCAAUUACUUUAUCACAUAUUGCUAAUAACUGGGGUUUUUAUACAUUAUUGACCUGCUUACCAACAUAUAUGAAACAGAUAUUAGGAUUUGAUUUGUCUGAGAAUGGAUUUUUAUCAGCGAUACCGUACUUAAUGCUUUGGCUGGUGCAAAUAACUGGUGGCAGAACAGCUGACUUCUUUAUAGAACGAAAACUAUUAAACACUACAAGUACAAGAAAGUUAAUGAACACGCUGGGAAUGAUGUUACCUGCAAUUUUCAUAGUACUGACUGGUUAUAUUGGAUGUAACAAUGUUUUAGCUGUUUUGUGUCUGACUUUAGCUGUUUCAACUGGUGGUUUAAACAUGUCUGGUUUCAAUAUUAACCAUUUGGACAUAGCUCCUCAGUAUUCAGGAAUUCUGAUGGGCAUCACCAAUAUGUUUGCAACGAUCCCUGGUUUUGUUGGUCCCUUGAUAGUUGGAGAGUUGACAAAUGAACAGGAAACACGCCACCAAUGGCAAAUUGUAUUCUACAUAUGCGCAGGAGUAUACGUUAUGGGUAUGACAACAUUUCUGUUCCUGGGAACGGGCGUACAACAGCCAUGGGCCAAUGCCGUCCCACAAGUGGUGCAUCAUGACAAUGAAUCUGAAAGCGAAGAUGAGGUGAAGGUGAACUCGUAUGUGAAAUACGCUGAUGACGAAGAACCCUUGCACACCGCUGUCAACUGAAUACCAUUAAGAUCUAACUUUUUGUUUAAAGCGGGGGGGUCGUCACCUGCGCAUGUGUCAGAUGGCCAUAGCAUGUCAUUGUUUACAAACUAGUGUCUAUCCAUGAGCCUUUGCAUUUUUAGCGUUGUUAUCAUCGCUUGGGACUCAAUUCCCGCUUUAAAUGGAGAUGCUAAAUUGUUCGAGUAAUAGACAUCAAGUUAAGACCUUUGAGUUACGAAAAACCAUGCUCAAAUUAUAAUUCAAUGUUUAAACAGCAACACAAUUCAAAGAUCAGUUAACUGUUAAUUGAACAUUGAUUUAUAAUUUGGGCGUGGUUUUUAAAAUAUGGGCGUAACUCAAUGUCCUCAACUUAAACAAUUUAGCAUCUCAUUUAAAAUAAAGCAUAUAUUUACAUGCAUACUAUUUACAAGUAAUAUUUACUUUGCGCAUUUAAUUUCUUGAAAGAACACAAACCAUGAAAAGCAAUCAUCUUUUAUUCCAAAACGAGUCAGAUUUGUACAUUUACAUUCCAUGCUUUGGUUUCUAGGAUCCAUGGAGUUAUGUAGAAUCAACAGUUGUACCCCUUGCAUCGAGGCAUAAUAUGUAAUUAAAAGAACAUUGCAAAGUGUGCAGAAAGGCAGUAUGGUGGUCAUAUCGAUUCUAGAGAUUGACGUGAUCCUUCACUGCCUAAGUGCAUACUUUACAGUUUUCUCCUUGUAUAUUGUAGUCAUAAUAUAUCCUGAAAUGUCGGCACAAAGCGUUUUAUGAGAUCAGCGCCACCAAGUGUCUGCAACUAUUAGCAUUUGUGACACAACUUGACCACAAGUUGAUUGGCUGUAUGGUCGUUACAGAAAUGCAAUGUGAAGCUUUAUAUGUAUUCUCAGAAUUCAAAGCACACCAUGCAUUCAAACUUUAUUCUGACCAAUAGUAUAACAGUUGCUCAUCUUUUCAUGAAAUGAAUGUUGAAAUCACUGCUGUAAUAUGCACAUUAUAAUUGUCCAAAUGUCCACUUUUGGAUUUGAAGUCAUUGAGAAAGAUAAAUUUAACAGGAUCUGUUUACAACUACUAUUAGGUUUUUACUGUUUGGGGUUUCCAAUGAACUCUUCAGGGCCUUUAAAGAAUUUCCUUUCUAUCAUAUUUCCCCCAUUAGAAGCACUUGUGCUGGUAAAGGGUUGAUAUAUAUAUGGUCAAAUUAAGUAAUAUUUUAAUGGUCUUUUAUAAAUGCAAUAAUUUAUGUGCAAUUCUAUUAUAAAUGUGUUUCUAAUCUAAUAGGGAAAAUCUGAUAAUUGCUAAUGCAGCUAAAAUACAGUACAGAGUAGCUGAGAAAAAACUGGUUAUUUCUAUAGUCUGUUCUCUAGAAAUGUAACUGUCUCACUCCACUAUUAUGUUUGGUUUAUGUGCAAUUCCAUUAAGAAUAGAGCAAAUCUGAUAAAAUAACAGUUUCUUCCAUAUAUUGGGGAGUAAGAAAAUCAUAAAUAUAAACUAUAUUAUUUGGAAGGUUUAUAAUGUCUCCCAAUGCAUUAAUGUCAAUGUUUCUUGGCAUUCAAACUUCCUAACACAGACUAUCAGAUUCCUAAUCACUACUAUCAGAAUUUGGGGUUUUGAUGAUGUCACAGCUUUAUAUUAACACAAGUUAAUGUAAACCUCUAUUCACAAGUAAAUUCAUUUCAACAAAAAGUGUCUAAUUCAAGUUUGUAUUAUUAUGAUAGUGGUGAUACAAUAAUGAAUCCUGCACAGUAUCAUGUGUUUAGCUUAGCCUCGUACGUUAUCUUGCCAUAGAACCUUCUCCUUAUUAGAUAUGGUCUUGCAAUGGUUUCAUUAUCAUUUGAUUGAAAUGUUUCAGUUUUUUAGAGGAAUCCGAUUACUUGUCAUUGGCCGUAAAGAAUAGUGGUUGUUGGUUUCUAUGUGAUAUUUACAAUACAUGUAGAAUACACUGUUUAUGAAAAAUUUGAAUAAGCAAUGCAUCAUGACCUCUGACCUUUUUAAUAUAAUACAAAAUAAAUUCCGUUUGCAUAAUUUUGCCACAUGCUUUUAAAAAAAAAGUAUUAAGUUCUAAGUUUAAAAAAAGUAAUUGACUGAAAAUACAAAUGUUCAAUAAAUUUUUUGGCAGAAAGAAAUAUUUAAAUGAUUACUGCAGGGCAACACAAUCUAUCUGUAAACAAAAAGGUUGAAUUUUAUUGUAAAGUUGUGAUAUAAUAAACUACAAAACAUUUUAAUGUAUUUUAUUUUCACAAUAAAAAUAUAUCAGUUUUUAUCAA